UCACAGCCAGACUCAUCGAGUGUCAUUAGUCCAGAAUGGGACUCCAAUCAGUUGAACCCCCACCCCAUUCGUCCUCUAUUGAUCGAAGAAGCCCAGUAAUUGCCUCACGGCAGUGAGGUUGAUUUGAGGACACUCAGAUGUCGACACAUCGAAGAGCGUGAAGGGUCACCAAUAAAAGCUUACAUUAUACAUCCGCGACAAAUGAUACACCUGCCUUGCAUAAAUCCAUCCCACUCAUGAAAGUAACGUGCAAGCUCAUUGGAAUUAAGUGGAUCCCAAGAAAAACAACGUACAGUUUUUUUUUUUUUUAAAUCCAAACGUAGCAAGAUCUCAUUUCAGAUGAAUAACCGGGAAGACAAGAGAUGCAAGCGCGAGAGGAAACGUUUGAGAGAAGAUCUUUCCCGUGACGACAUGUUGUUCCUGCUCAGUGUUCUGGAGGGAGAGCUUCAGGCGAGAGAUGAAGUCAUUGCAGUGCUGAAAACACAGAACACAGACUCGGCUCUAUUGAAGGCCCACUACGGUUUUAUUGGACUGGAUGAGGCGUUACGUUCCCUGCACGGGGACUGGCUGCGAUGGCGACAACAGGACUACCUUGAGGAUAUGUGCAAAACAGCGACUGCCGAGGUACCAAUAAGAAGAAACGAGACACCGUAGAGAGUCGGUAAUCAAAUUUAAUGAGGUGAACAUAGCACCAUCUGACAAAAGCGGAUUAAUUACUGCUGCUUCACUGCACGUUGAGUAAUUCUGUACUGCCGGCAAAGCAAUUAUACCGUAAUGAUUUUGCAACCCA